UUCUCUUUCGGCUGCCACAUCGAUCACUCCCUACCACCAAAUUCGAAACGUACUAUAUGUCUCUUCUUUUUCAGGUCCCAGUGUACAAAGCCGUACUGGUUGACCGGGCACACCUACUGUCAUCCCUUGUUGACCCGGAUCACUUCGGAGAAUAAGACCUGCUCAAAUCUGCCACGGGCUUGAAACAUCAAAAUGACGAGUCCCAACUCGCAAACAGAGGACCUGGAUGCCAAGUUUCUUCAGAUCAUCACAGUCCUUGAUCGCGAUUUCCAGAAAUAUUCCGUCGAGCAAAAAAUCUAUUUCCAGCCGGUUGACGAUGAUGAAGUGGAACGUCUCGAACUUCAACACCAAGUCUUCAACAAGGUGUUUGACGACCGGCUCAUCUUCCCACCCCUGCCGAGCGACAACCCCGAAAGGAUCCUCGAUUGCGGUCACGGUACAGGAGCUUGGGCGGUCGAGGUAGCGGAGCAAUAUCCACAAUGCGAGGUCAUUGGGGUCGACAUAUCGCCCCAGAUGAGCCCUGAUUAUGCCCCGGACAAUCUAUGGUUUCAGAUCGACGAUCUCAAUCGCCCUUUUACCUUUCCCUCGAAUCAUUUCGAUCUCGUUCAUUCGAGGAUGCAAGCGACAGGCAUCGACCGAGCCAGAUGGCUGUCUUAUAUUUGGGAUAUCAAGAGAGUUCUGAAGCCGGGUGGUUGGGUCCAGUUGGUGGAGAUGUACUUCAAUGUUCAAUCAGACAAUGGGUCCCUCACCGAGGAGCAUGCGUUGAGACAAUGGAGCACCAAGUUCAUGCAGUCGUUGGAUGACAGAAAGGACCUUCGUGUAGGGACGCGCUUGAAAGACCUUUUGAUGGCAGCAGGAAUGGACCAGGUGGAUGCAAGAAUGAUUCCACUUCCUCUGUCUGGGUGGUCCAAUGAUCCACGAGCACGAGAAAUAGGUGCAGCCAACCUCAAAUGUACUAACCAGUUGCUGCCAGCGUUGGCGUUGUAUCCGAUGACUCAACGCCUGGGAAUGCCUUAUGAAGAGUUCGAGCAAAUGAUUUCCAGAGCACAGGAAGAAGCAGGAAGACCGGGCCUGAAAGCCUACUUUCCACUGUAUGUUUGUAUCGGGAGGAAGCCUCGAUAGACAUUCGGAACUUCAGCCGUGAUGUUUGUCAAUGAUUCUGCUCCGGUCAGGAGCUGGUCUCAAGCCGUUUGAUGUUCUCCGGGUUUCCAUGGACGGGCCGGUCAUUAGGGGCAAGGCUUCGCUGUUAGCUCAGACAAGUCGAUACUGGUGCUAGUCAAUCAGUUGAACAAAAGACUCUAGAUUUAAUUCGCCCGUGCUUUUAUCUCCUAGUUUGAAUUUGAGGCUUUGCAUGGGUCGUGAGGCCUUGAGAUGAUCACGAGCAAACACGACGUCGAUCUCUC